CUGUUUUUUGUUUUCGUCGUAUCCUAUCUUGAUCGCGAUCUCCGUUUUAGGGUUGGUGGUGAUUAUCGAUGGACGCCUUAGACUCUGUGGUCGAUCCCUUGAGGGAGUUCUCCAAGGACAGCAUCCGUCUCGUGAAGCGAUGCCACAAGCCCGAUCGCAAGGAGUUCACUAAAGUUGCUGUCCGGACUGCGAUUGGCUUCGUGGUGAUGGGGUUCGUCGGGUUCUUCGUCAAGCUGAUCUUUAUCCCGAUCAACAACAUCAUCGUCGGUUCUGGUUAGGUCCUGAUAAUUCUGCUUACCUUAGAGGUAAAACAGACAUGAAACAUAAUUUUAAGAGUCAGCUCCAGUUGUGGAAAAUCGCCAAAAAUCUUCUUUCGCAUCGUCAUCGUAGGAAACCUCUCGGUUUGUUUUCAGAAUUUCAAAUCGUUCAACUUUCGUUUUGUUACACUGUUAUUUAACUUUGCUUUACUUGUUUUGCUGAAUUAGUUUAUCAUGACUUGUAUCAUUAAAUUUGAAUUUAAAUAUAUAUAAAUCUAAGUAGGAAGAUAUGGGAACUU